UAAAGUGAACUGCAGAACUGUCUUGCAGGCAAAUUUUUUUGAGGUUUUUCUGAUGAAUGUGAAAGUGGCUUGCCGUGCUGUGUAAAUCACUACGUUUCACCUAAAAAUCUAAAGCCAAAAUGUCUAACGCUGCACAUCGACACCGGUACAAAAAUGUCGGACUGGAUUCGACGGAAAUGCGACGGCGUCGAGAGGAAGAGGGCAUUCAGUUGCGCAAACAGAAACGCGAACAGCAGCUAAUUAAACGGCGCAACGUUAACGUGGCCGAGGAACUGGACCAGGACGCAAUUUUAGCUGACGACAGCCAAUCAUCAGACCAGCAUGCAUUGAUCAAACCGGAAACGCUUGAAGCACUGUACAGCACCAGUGUGGAGGAUCAACUAUCUGCUACGCAAAAGUUCCGCAAGCUGCUUUCAAAGGAACCGAAUCCGCCUAUCGAUUUGGUUAUUCAACAUAAUAUUGUACCGCGUUUCGUGGAAUUUCUGGGUAAUACGACAAACUCGACACUACAAUUUGAAGCCGCCUGGGCAUUAACCAACAUUGCCUCCGGUACCUCAGAGCAAACGAGUGUAGUGAUAGCGGCCGGUGCUGUGCCGAUCUUCAUCAAACUGCUCGAAAGCCCUCACAUUGACGUACAGGAGCAGGCCGUUUGGGCGCUUGGCAAUAUCGCGGGUGACUCGCCAGAAUGUCGAAAUUUUGUUUUGGAUGCCGGGGUUCUGGAACCGCUGCUUCAUGUUUUAAGUACAUCGGGCAGGCUUAAUCUAACUCGAAAUGCUGUCUGGGCUUUGUCCAAUUUAUGUCGUGGUAAGAAUCCUCCGCCCGACUUCACCAAAGUGGAGAAAGGACUGCCGAUCCUUGCACGAUUAAUGUUCCACAGUGACGUGGAAGUGCUGGGUGACGCUGUAUGGGCUGUGAGUUAUCUUUCCGAUGGACCGAACGAUAAUAUACAGGCAGUUAUAGAGGCUGGAUGCUGCCGGAGAUUAGUUGAACUUUUACUACACAAUAAUAACAACGUCGUCUCGGCUGCGUUGCGAGCUGUGGGAAAUAUCGUCACCGGCAACGAUACCCAAACGCAACUGAUCCUCAACUGUAAUGCCUUACCGUGCAUCCUGCAGCUACUUAGUUCUCCAAAGGAAACCAUCCGGAAGGAAGCCUGUUGGACUAUUUCGAAUAUUGCGGCCGGCAAUCGGCAGCAAAUCCAAGCCGUCAUAGACGCAAAUAUUUUCCCAAGCAUUAUUGAGCUGCUGUCGAAGGCGGACUUCAAGACACGGAAAGAAGCUGCCUGGGCGAUUACCAAUGCUACCAGUGGGGGUACCGUCGAUCAGAUCAAAUAUCUGGUGCAAUCCGGAUGCAUACCUCCCAUGUGCGAGCUGUUGACCGUGAUGGAUCCAAAGAUUGUAACGGUAGCACUAAAUGGUUUGGAGAACAUACUCAAAGCAGGGAAUCAACAUAAGGUUAAACCUAACCCGUACGCAAUGUUGGUCGAGGAAUGUUAUGGCUUGGAUAAAAUAGAGUUCUUGCAAUCGCAUCAAAACAAGGAAAUCUACGAAAAGGUAUUCAACAUCAUCCAGACAUACUUCAGCAACGACGAAGAAGAUGUAGCCGUUGCGCCAUCCGCUGAAAACAACCAGUUCCAGUUUAACGCCGAUCAAUCUGUGCCAAUGGAUGGCUAUCAGUUCUAAACUGUUAGAACCGUACUAAUAACCUGUACGCCGAUCAAGUGUACGAAGCAAACAGACUACUUAAAACGUAAUGACAAAAUCCCACUCGAUUUGUACGUGACGGACGACGACCGGACGGACGGAUUUCGAACAAAAAGGAGACUAAGCUAAAUGAAGAGCCCACCAUCUCUCCCGAUGAAGGCUAACCAACACACCCUGGACCUAAUAUGAAGAUACUGUGAAUAGCUAGAACAGUAGGAACUAAAUUUUUAAAGGUUCAGUGUUAGUCAGAAACUGGCAAGUAAUUUAUAAUAACCUAACUUUCUGUUUAAUGCAUAGCAUGAAAGUUAACGAGACUUCAAACAUACACAGAGCUGAAGCCCUAGUCACUGAAGCCUAGAGCGUAACAUUUGAUGGCCUUGUAUUGACCACCCUUAUGUGAUGACGGACAACACACACACACACACGCAUACAUACAUACAUACACGCAUACACAAACACCCAAAGAAACAAGUUUGAACAAGCGAAUCAUAAUAUAUUUGAAAACCAAGUGAAAGCAACACAUAAAUGAUCGACGACCGAACGGUAAUAUUUUGUAUCCUUGAUUCGGCUACGUCUUUAAAAUCUGAUUCGUACUCUAAGAGAAAUUGUUCGUGCGGAAAGUGCAAAACUAUCUGGCAAAAAAAAAAAACACAGAACAAUAUGAUAUUUCUGACUAACAAGAGAGAAAAAAAAAAACAAAAUGUGAUUAGUGUUUACGAUUUAAGGGCAAAAAAGCCGCGGAAAAUGUAACAUAACGUAACACAGUCUUAUGGAUGUUUCAUUCAAUUCCGAAAAUAAUGAAUAAUUUACUAUUUUUAAAACGGGAAAAAUUGUGCUGGACUAAUAAGAUCGAAUAAA